UGUUGGUGGACUAGCCCGCGCAUCUCUACAAUUCUUACUCUGCGUCGAUGGCGAUCCAGCAACAGGAGGUUAAGCUCUUUAAUCGCUGGUCGUUCGACGAUGUCGAGGUCAGUGACAUGUCUCUUGCUGAUUUCAUCACUGUGACUCCUCCAAAACAUGCUACAUACCUUCCUCAUACUGCUGGAAGAUAUUCUGCUAAGAGGUUCCGCAAGGCUCAGUGCCCAAUUAUUGAAAGACUUACCAAUUCUUUGAUGAUGCAUGGCCGGAACAAUGGAAAGAAGCUUAUGGCUGUUUGCAUAAUUAAACAUGCUAUGGAAAUUAUUCAUUUUCUUACUGAUGCAAAUCCAAUCCAAAUUGUGGUUGAUGUGAUCAUUAACAGAGGGAGCACGCCGCGCUCAUGCAAGCCCAGAGGAAGUUUCAGAUCGCCCACUACGGGAGGACUCCGACCAAGAUCGAGGAGUUGGCAGGUUCUAUUGAGUGUCCCGGCAUUG